UGAACUUCAUUGAAGUCCACUAAAAUCAGGGAAGCACUACUACGUGCAUCGUAUCGUCCAAAAGAACUAUUCGUUUAUCCGGUUCAAGUAGCUGAGUGCUAGCUUGGUAGGAGGCCAUUUCAACACUUCCACAAUGGCUUGAUAAAGACUCGGAUGUGGAUAGUAACGGCCAGCUAUAAUGCUUUCCAAUUGACAGUCGGCCAUGCAUCGAGAUCAACGAUGGAUGGAUGUGGGCGGCGGCCUCUUCUAUAACCUUAACAAUUUCGACUUACAUAUACAGGUGUAUAUGUAGGUACUCUUAUUACACUUACUUAGCCAAAAGACAAAAUGAAGAGCAAAAAACCAGAUCAUGAUGGUGACAUUAUAGUGUCGAAAGAGUUCCGCAGAUUGUAUGCCUUCCUAGAAAAGGCUGUGCGGAAGCGCAAAUUGUUCUGCCUGUGCAAAGGCUUUUCCACAGCCAAAAAUGAAUUGGAAAAACGCGGCUGGAUCGAGAUCAGCUGUCAAAAACAGUUCGAUCGCAACUCCAAUGAGACCAAGUUCAUCUCGAGUGUCAUGGAUUAUAAUCUGGGCGUUCUCGAGCGCAAUUGCGUUUCGGUUCUCAAGUUCAUGAUGACCAAGAACCAUUCUCUCAAAGAGGUGUUUGGUAAAUUGGUCCUGAACCUAUACCCAAACUAUUUGUGGUGUCCUCAUCGCAACUCGAUACGUUGGAAGCAACUUCGGAGAGACCAAAUUGUGAACAAGUUCCCCAGGUCGACAUUUACAACCAAAACUGGGUUGAUGCAUAUUCUCAAAAAUGUUCAUCACUUCAUGCCCCUUUCCUCCAUCACUUUUUAUCCCAGAUGUUACCAGUUCACAGACACGUCGCAGCGGGAUGCUUUCUUGUGUGAUUAUAAGUUGACCGCCUGCAUAGGACUUAUUCGUUGGUUUUACGAGGGUUUCCUAGAUCACGGCGUUGAUGGAGUGUUCGUCGAAGAGUCACCCGUUCCGAUUCAAGUCAUUAAGAUGGCCCUAAAUUUCUGUCAAAAGACAUUGAGCAAAAUGGACGCGUUUGUGCAGAUUUCUUGGGAUGGAUUUCUCGACGAUUAUUACGCCAUAGCACACAGAGGCUUCAAACUAUCGAGGUCUUCCAUUUUAGAUGCGUUGAAGCUGGAAAAUGAAGUAACCACAAUUCAAAAUGAUUGCGUUAGGGUCCUUAAAGAUUGGAAGUCAUCCAUGCCUCAAAUGGUUAUCGAUGGAAUCAAGAAUGUGUGGAUUGUGAAACCGGGGCAAUCUUCGCAAGGGCGAGGAAUCUUAAUUCGGAUGAAACUGGAUGAUAUUCUCCAAAAAUAUCAGCAGGGCUCAUUUACAUCUCAUAGAGUUGUUCAAAAGUACAUUGAAAGACCUCUGUUAAUAUAUGAUACGAAGUUCGACAUUCGCCAGUGGUUUGUCGUGACCAACUGGGACCCAAUGACUAUUUGGAUGUACAAAUCCUCAUACUUAAGAUUUUGCUCCCAGCCAUACACGUUUGAUUCCUUUCACGAGUCGAUACAUUUAAGCAACAAUGCCAUUCAAACCAAGUAUCUAAAUGGAAAACGAUCCAAAAAACUUCCAACCGACAAUAUGUGGAGUAGCGAGGCGUUCCAAUAUUUCUUGAAAGGCCAUAAGAUUGAAGAUGUUUGGCAUUCCAAGAUCUAUCCCGGCAUGAAAAAGGCGAUCAUUGCCACAAUUUCGGCCAGCCAACAGAAAAUGAUGUUCAGAAUGUCAUGUCGGGCCUUUGAACUUUACGGAGCAGACUUCAUGCUGUCACAAGACUUCAGUCCUUGGCUAAUUGAGAUCAAUUCGAGUCCGGCAUUGGGGCCCUCCACGUCAGUGACGAGAAAGCUCUGUCGCAGCCUACUCAAAGAUCUAAUCCGACUAACCACAGAUAAACGAGUUCGGAGUACUCGUGGCAAAAGUGCGAAGACCGGAAAUUUUGAAUGCAUCUUCCGGCAAGCAAAUAUCAACGGGCAGAACCCUAACCUUCGGCGAUCUUCAGCCCCUCGCGUACCAAACAAAGUUGAGAAGGCUGGUUCGAUUGAUGAAGGUCCAAUACGAUCGCAAAGUGCCAAACCCAUUCAACAAGAAAGUGAGAUCCUUCAGUUGAUUGACGCGUUCAUGUCGGUACCGUCGACGGUGAACGACGAUUCAAAACUUAAAUUGGCCAAGAAAUGGUUGGAAAAGGCAGUGGAUCCUGCCUCUAAUAGCACAUCAAUGAGCGCUCAUCGGUCGGACCAUCGCACAAGGAAAAAGACCAAAAGGUCAUCCUCGGUUGUGAAGAAAGACUUACGUCGUGAGAAGUGGCUGGAAAUGGUCAUGGCCAAGGAAUCACAAUUAGCGCGAAACCAACAACACCAUUCUCGCCCCGCUGAUGUGGAAUUGCUCAGAACAAUCCCAGUGUGCACUCAUGAACGAACUCUUCGCAAGUACGGAUGUAACUGCGUUUUAAAGGAGUUCCAUGGACUUAACUUUGAUUGACUUCAAUUUAGAGUGGGUCAAGUUUAGGGCAAGUAAGAGCCAGAAAUCGCCAUUGCUUUUUAUCUGGCCCAGUAUUUUAAAGCCCCUUGGUUAAGAAAGGCGUGUUUUUCCAGUCCAUAUAUAAUCUGAAACUCUAGUGUCCUCUUGCGUGUAUCAAUUGAAUAAACUACUCAUCUAACCCAAGAACAA